GUCAUGCCGCAUUCCCGCGUCUGCUGCAGCGUGCAUUCACCACGAGGACGAAAGAGCAACAUACCGUGGUUGGAUCCUCAAGAAUGGAAGAGCCGAAGGAAGAGUCCGCGGCGUUCGUGGGCCACGUGGCGAAGCAACAGCUUUCGGCCGACGAGGUAGCUCGCAUGCGGGCCCAGGACACGCGGCUCAUUUCGGAAUUCCGAGCGAUGCAGCUCGAGAAAAACGCACAGAAGCACUGGGACUUGUUCUACAAGCGCAACGAGGUCAGGUUCUUCAAGGACAGGCAUUGGACCACCAGGGAGUUCGAGGAGCUCUUGAGGUCGGGUGACGAUUCGAAAAAGCCACGCCGUUUGCUAGAGGUUGGUUGUGGCGUUGGAAAUUUGAUGUACCCGUUGCUAGAGGACGACGCUGCUUUUGAACAAAUCUACGCCUGUGACCUCUCACCCAGGGCCAUCGAGUUUGUCAAGAGUAACAAAUUGUACGAUCCAAACAAGGUGAAGGCUUUCCAGUGCGAUGUGACCGAUGAAAAUUGCUUUAGAGAUGUAGAUUGCCUCGUGGAUGUUACUACUUUGGUGUUUGUGUUAUCUACCAUACACCCAAAGAAGUUUCAUAAGGUUAUUAGUAAUAUUUGGCAAGUUACUAGUAUGAACGGAAUAGUUCUAUUUCGCGAUUAUGGAAGGUAUGACAUGGCUCAGUUGAGAUUUAAGCCUGGACACAAAAUUUCUGAAAAUUUCUACAUGCGUCAAGAUGGCACAAGAAGCUACUACUUUACUACAGAAGAGAUACGAAGUUUAUUUGAAUCAAUUGGCUUUCGUACUGUUGAUUGUUCCUACAUCCAAAGACGUACUGUGAAUUUAAAAGAAGGAAUUGAUGUACCUAGAAUUUUUGUACAAGCUAAGUUCACCAAAACUUGAUAAGUGCGGGUUCCUGUAAACAGCCUGAGCAGAAAAAUUUUAAACACCAUUGAUGUAACCCAUAGGAGUGAAUCGUAAAAAUCUGAACCUUAUGUGAGAGUACACGAUUGAAUACAGCAAUUCAUAUUCUUAUCAGUGGAUCCGUUGUAUUUGAAGCGGCAUAAAAGAUUGCUCUUGGUGGCUUUUGUAGUGCAGCGAUACAAAGACUCAAUUAUCAUUCCAAUGCUUUCUAAGUACAAGGUGUGACGAAACCCCUCAAAACUCAACAAAAUUUUGGAAAUCAG